AGUGUGAGUUGGAGGAGUGAGGAGGUGCGCUCGUGCCGUCUGACCAAACCGUGUUUGGUUUGUGUGUUUUAUCCCUUUGAGGGAACUUAAAUAUAAAUUUUUAUGUGUGUGAGUGAAUCAGGAGCGAUGAAGUCUCUUUGGAUUAUCCUAUCUGUGACGGUGGCCGGAGUAAUAUCUUCAGAGAAUUCAGGAGUGCCGGUGUUCGACCUCGUGCAGCCUUCGGAGGGCUACCAUGGCCUCGUCUCCGAGAAGGACACCGUGGUGGAGGUGCAGCCGCCCAUCCGCGCCACGCCCAACGUCUGCUUCUACAGGAUCGUCAACAAGCACCACGGGGAGGCGCCCUUCAUCAUCCGGCUAAGAAACGAGGCCACCGGAGAGGCCGAGUUGAUAGCCAAGCGUCCCCUCAACUGCGAGAAGAGGAAGAAUUACAAGUUCGACAUCACCGCUGUUUCCUGCGACGCCAAUGUGGAGUCACAGAACGUCACCGUCCACGUGAAAGUGAACGACGUGAACGAGUACGCGCCCGUGUUCGUGGAGCCGUCGUACGUGGUGGGCGUGGACGAGGGGCGCCUCUACGACGAGAUACUGACGCUACAGGCCGACGACCAGGACUGCUCGCCCAAGUACGGAGACAUCUGCCGCUAUGAACUGCUCACCAAGGACCAGCCCUUCAGCAUCGACAGCGAGGGCGUGGUGCGGAACACGGAGCCCCUGGACUACGAGAAGUCCCACAACCACAUCCUGUCGGUGGUGGCCUACGACUGCGGGAUGGAGCGCUCGCAGCCCGUCAUGGUCACGAUCAAGGUCAACCGCGUGUGUCACCUGGGAUGGAAAGGCAUCACCGACCAGGUGGAGUACUCCCCCGGCUCCGGUCGCCAGGAGCUGUUCCCCUCGGCGUCCCUGGAGCUGUGCAACGUGCCCUGCCGCGUGGAGAGGGUCCAGGCGCGCAUCAGCCUCACCACCAGCCACAUCGGCAAGGGCUGCGACAGAGACACCUACUCCGUGGCGGCGCAGAGGAAGAUGUGCGGUGCCAGCUCCUCCAGCAUCGAGCUCCUGCCGGCGCCCGGUGCAGGGAAGGAUUGGACCGCCGGCCUCCACUCUGACGAAGGCCACGAAGGCGACCUGAUCUACGAGUUCGACGGCGACUCCUCCGGCACCCUCAUCCCGGAGUCUAUCCUCAACCACAACCUGACGUCGACCUUCACCAUCUCCACCUGGCUCAAGCACAAGACGCAGGCGGGCACGGACAAGCACACCAAGGAGCACAUCCUCUGCAACGCCGACGACCACAAGAUGAACCGGCACCACAUGGCCCUCUUCGUGAGGAACUGCCGCCUCAUCCUCCUGCUGCGCCGCGACUACACCGAGGCCAACCUCAACACCUUCCAGCCGGCCGAGUGGAGGUGGAAGCUCCCCCAGGUGUGUGACAAUGAAUGGCAUCACUACUCUGUCCACGUGAAGCUGCCCGAGGUAACCCUGUACGUCGACGGCCACAUCUUCAGGCCCGAGAAUGGAGAGUCCCCGGAGGUGAUUGAUGACUGGCCCCUUCACCCAACACGUGGCAUCAACACCACUAUGAGCGUCGGCGCUUGCUGGCAAGGUUUUUCCUCUUCAGGCUCCGAAGGUAACAUGAAGCACGGCCUCUCUGGCUACCUGGCUGGCCUCUCGGUCCUCGUGGGGGCCCUGGAGUCUCCGCGCGUCCUGUCCUGCCUGACCCGCUGCCAGGAGUCGCUCGACACUCCUGCCAUGGAACUCCUGCAGCCCAGCAUGGAGCUCCUCACCAACAAUGAAAUGACACAGAUCACCAUCGAGGGCAAUAACGUGACUAACCUCGAGACGCUGAUCCGCCGCGUGGCCUACGUCAACGGCCGAGACUUCCCCACCCCGGGCCGUCGCCCCGUCUCAGUGACCACCAACAUCUUGUGCAACUCUGAAAAGGCCCUGAAGGUUGCCACCGCCCAGAGCUUCGUGGUGGUGAUGCAGCCGCACCAGCCCAGCAUCGAGCUCAACGGCACCACCAACUUCGCCGAGGAGUACGAGGCCUUCCGCCAGGGCCUGCGCGUGUUCCCUGACGUCGGCAUCUACCUCUCGGCCGCCGCUGAGGAGGCCACGGCCCCCACACUGGGCGGCCAGCUGGACGAGUGCGUGGUGUCGGUGUAUCCCCCUCUCAACCCCGACCACGAGACGCUGGUCCUCCCCGACAACCUGAUCGCCGAGCUCGGCCUGGCCGCCUCCAUCACGCGCCAGGGAGCCACCGUGUCCGGGGCCCACACCACGCACCACUACCAGUCCAUCCUGCGCCAGAUCCACUACGCCAACCGCAAGCCAGCCUACUACCUGAACCGGGCUUUCAAGCUGUCCUGCUCCGAGCUCGGUGGUCGCUUCACAAGUAACGAAUAUGUCCAGACGGUGACAGUGAUCCACCCGCAACUCAGCGUGGACAAGACCGCAGCCUUCAACACCAACACCGACAGCAUUCCUCCCCACAUGGAACACAACAACCACAACGCCCACCAGGAGGCCGACGCCCACCUGACACACCACAACCCCCAGCCUGUGCCAGCUCACGCCAAGCUCUCCGCUCACCACGUCGAGCUCAAACCCGCCCACACCGUCAAUGACGUUUACUUCACUUCAAAUGUCAUGGAGGGCGUAGCAGUCAACAGCGCCAGCCAUGCAGUGACCAUCAUCAUCGUCGUCUGCGUCGGAUUCCUCGUGUUCAUGGUGGUCUUGGGCGUGAUCCGUGUGCGCGCCGCCCACACCCGCCACACGCACGAGGACGUCGCCGAUGCAGAGAUGGCAUGGGAUGAUUCCUCGCUCAAUAUCACCGUCAAUCCUAUGGAGCAACAGCUGGAACUGGCAGAGACACAACGAUUGAGGGAUGAUGACGAUGACGACGACGACUCGUCAGAUGAUGGAAGCAACUUCAACGAUGACUUGGACUCGUCAGACGAGGAGGAAGGGAAACCGAAGGAGCUCGAGUGGGACGACUCCACCCUCAAAAUUUAAAGCCCUUUCCCCCCCUUCAUAAGUGUAACUGAGUGAAGAUCUGCUGGACCCCCGUGGGCUUUGUUGAUGUAGGAAAGAGUGUUCAGAGUCUUCCUUAAGGGGUUGAUGACUGGGCAUCAGUAAUGAUGAGUAUUCAUUCAUGCUUGCUGUAGAGGAAAUAGCAGUAAUUAGGAUAAAUGGUAUUAAUUGCAUAACAAACUAACCCACAUUUGAUUCGUUAUUUUGACCUGGACGUCCUCUUGAGUCGGAGAAUCUUAACAUUCUUAUCUCUAUGGAUGCAGCCAAUUUACUCCAUCCUGCCAUAGCGCCCAAGGUUGCCGGGCGCCGAACUGAAGGACCAACGGAGAAACUGACGGAAGUGUCGGCCGUUCUGCCAUCAGUAUUGCACAGGGUCCACGCCAAGUGUCUCAGAGAAUGUGAUUGAUGCUGCUUGAAUAUUCCAUAAGGGGUGAUGGCGAAGGGAAAUGGGCUAUGCCGUGAGAGUUGAUGAAUGGGUAGGGGAGGGGAGGGGAAGGGAGUAAGGUCGACGGUUGCCAUAAUGUCGAUAGGUAUUCAUGUUUCAAUAAAAAUGAGAUGAGGGUAUUUAUUAGCAGAGUUACAGCAGUGGGGAAGAGCCAAGCGUUGGAAUCUCAGCCGCCUAUCUGCAUUAACUGCAAAAUUUUGACAAUGGUGAAGAUUCACUGAAAUAAAGAAGGGGAUGGAUAUAUAUAUAUAUAUAUAUAUAUAUAUAUAUAUAUAUAUAUAUAUAUAUAUAUAUAUAUAUAUAUGGUGUGUAGCAGGGUACUCCUGAAAUUUGCCUGUGUGAUGGACUUCUCAGUAGAGCGAGGGGAUGGAGUGAAAGUUGGUAUUGGCUCGAGGAGAUGGGAUUUACAGCUGCCACGCGGAGGAAUCUGUAUCCAAUACAGUCCAUCUUAUAUUUUUGAAGGGUAUGACGGCAGCAUAAAGGUUACCACUUACACCCGGUAACACAUGCACGGAAUGUUAGAAAUGUUUACAUAUCUCAACCUGCCUAUAUUAUUUGGUAUCAUAUUACUUUGUAGAAUAUUCAAGAUAGGAGGAUAUAUGUAUUGAGUAGUCCACUGUAGUAAAAAAAAUAUGAAGUGUUUAGUCACUGGCUAUGUAAAAAAAAUACAAUAAUUUUUGCUAAUAUUAAUCUUUUUAAGGUGCCAGAAAGUGAAUGACAAAGAUGAACAAAGUGUCAUAAGUGUGAUAUAAUGACUGGUCAUUUCCACAAACUCUCUGGCAGUACGACACAGGGAUGGCUCUCCUACUUUGCACUUUUACAAUGUGGGGAAAACAGGCUCUCUCCACCCCGUGCAGAGGGCCUGUAACCACCAGGCAAGUCACAAAUUUUAGGCAAGAGACAUUUACAAGGUGUACUAAUUUUUUAUUUUCUAUAUAAUAAUCUAGUAUGUAUAUUUUUGCCUUGAUCUUAUUUAUUCUCUGAAGGCCUUAUGUACUUAUUGAGAGUAAAAGUUAAUACUGUAUUAAGUAAUAGAGGCUUGAUGGUACACAUGUGCAGACCUCAGGGUACCUUAGCCAAUUUGGGAGAACUGUCGCUGUGUUACAUGUAAGUGGUCUCUUCCUCUCAUAUUGUCACUUUGAGCUUUUUGCACAUUUCACCCCAGCCCAAGAGGCGUUCUGUUGGCAAUCGACGGAAACCUUGAGUUGCGUCUCGAAAUUUGAACAUAUCUGCCGUUACUGUUUGUUUUUUUUUUUGUUUUUUUUUUCCCCUUUUCGCUUAUUGGGACCGUUUUACUUUCAAACAUGGUUUUAAAGUGCAGAACUUUUUUUUUCUUACCUUCCAGCAGAGGUAAAUGCAUUUAGGUCAAUAUGAGAGGCAAGUUUAUAUCAAGUCUUUUAUAAUUAUUAACCAAGUAUCCUUUCAAUUUUAACUUGUGAUUUUAGUUCUCAGUUUUAAAAUAACACACGCUCAAACUCACAAUGAAAGACAAAUGAUUAGCGAUUCGUUACUUUCAGAAACCAGUUGUAUAAAUAUGUGACAAUGCCCUGUUUGUAAAUUUACAAUCAGCUUCUUGUCUGACAAUGUGAGUUGGGUGAUAACCUUGGUUCUUUUGUGGUUGGUAUGUAUCGGACUACAUGAUGUAUAAUAUACCAUAGGUGGCCUACCUGACAGGGGCGUCAGGCAAAACACUUUUUUGCAUGGUGACCUUUUAUGUCUUUUUUUUCUAACAUUGGCAUUGCUUGAUUUGAUAAUUUAGGAAGACUUGCCACAGCGAUUGUGAGCAUUUGCAUCCAAAUCGUAAUUCCGGCACGACAAAGUGUGUUGACUGGGGCGCUAGAGGAAGGCCAUCUAUAUUUUGUAAAUUCACUCUGUACAAUGAGUCCCAUUGUAAACCUUUCCUAUGUCGCUUCUCAAUUGUACUGUAAUCCUGACAUGUAUUUAUGGCAGCAUAUAUUUGCCAGGAUAUCUACAAGCUGUUAGAUAAUAACAAUCAAAAGGUUAUCCUACGUGUAAAUGUGGAGUGUCUUGUGAUCGUUGCCUGGAGGCGAGGACUUCGGGAAGCCCCAUUUUCAUACCGACAACACAAGAGGGACUCUCCUUAAGUUCUGUCUGAAGGUUGCUGUUGCUCUUCACCACACAGAUUAGAGCAACCAUUGCAGCAGUUGCUUUGCAAGACGAGUUGCAAAGUUUUUUUGUUUUGUUUUUAGUCUCCCAAUGCUAUCAGUUCCCCCUCACUAUCCCCCUCUCUUGAAAUUGUGUUUUUGUCAUGAUUAUUUGGCACUGGAUUUUGGUGUAAAGCUUGCAUUCUUCGUAUAAAGAGUGUUGUUUUGACACCCACCUAAACUCCUCACGUCAGUUAUCAGGAACAGUCUUGGAAGCAGUUGUUGCAUUGGUUGGUCGAAUUGUUAGCUCGUAUAUAAAAUUUCUCAGUGUUCAGAGUGUUGAUGUAACAAAAAAAUGUAAUGAAUAUGGAUAAUCUGUGACAAGUUGGUAAUCGAUCUGUAACAUUCCGUUGUAGAUGACAUCAGCUUUUUUGUUGUUCUGAGCGAUAGACUUAAAGAGAAAGUUUGUUUGUUUACAAGGCGGCACGCAUCCCUCCCUAAUAAACAAAAUUUAGGUUUCAUAAUUGCUUAUUGAGUAGGAUUACAUAGAGCAGCAUGCAGCAAUUGCCAGACAAAAUAAAAGAAUGAUAAUGAUGAUGAUAAUUAUGGAUUUUAGUCUUUCUUUAACAGCUCUGUGCUUUGUGCUUAUGCUUUUCUGAAAGUCACAGAUCAGCUUUUAGUUAGCAUAUACAAUUUUGUUAGACACAUAAAUCAUGAUAGUUUUAUUUUGAUACCUCACAAAAGAAGAUUUGCCAGGAUUUUUGUAAUGCAGCCGUUUAUGAAGGAACAGCUGUGUGCCAGCGGUGCCAGACUGCAGGAAAAUGGACUAAAAACAAAUCUGUUGUAUUUUUUUCGUGAUAGUUUCAAUAUUUUCUCUCCAAACUCUCCAAAGAUUAUCCAUUCAUCUUUUUCUUAAAUAUAGCACCACAUUUUAGAUUUUAUAGUUAACUUCAUAAGAUAAUAUAACAACAAAUAGACAUAAUUAGCAAAGGUGACCAUGCCCAGCCAAUCGGCUUUACAUUAAAAACAACAACCUAAAAAGACAACAAAAAAUCAAACAAAUACACAUUGUCGUUGAUGAAGCUCUUGAAAAUCUCUGUCCAUUGUGGUGCUGGCAGCGCUGGUAAGGACAUCACCACACGCAGGGUUGGGAUGGCGCUGGCCGCUGGGUGUAGGCAGUCUGCACAAAACCCCUGGCUUCUGUAAUCCGUCAAGAAUAAACACCUACACCCACUA